GAUGAUGUACCGAAGAUGCCGGUGAAGAAUUGCACGCAAUUCGGCUAUUUUCUCUGUGUGAAUAUUGCCACAGAGAUCAAUUCUGUCAGGUUUUGAUUGAAAACAACAACAAAAAUAGAGAUGAAAUUUCCAAUAGAAAACCCAAGGAAACAAGUUAACUGGGACCCUGAGCAAGUGGCGGUCCAGACCAACCUGGCCCCCCCAAAGAAGGCCCAGCCUGGCAUGGUGAAGUCCAGUCUGGUCCAGGCCAGUGUGGCCACCAUGCAGAACCCGAUGGGCGUCGACCAAAAGGCCAAUGGUCACUGUCCUCUGCCACGCCUGUCCAUCUCCUCCCGCUCGGCCAGCAUUGUGGCCAGCAUGGACGCCAGCUGCGAUGGCGCGGUAGCAGCUCUCCACUCAGUGAUGAAGUGGAAGACGGUGCUUGCGGUGUUCAUCGUGGUCGUUCUCUACCUGGUCUGUGGAGGUCUGGCGUUCAGGGCUCUGGAGCAGCCGUUUGAGAGCAACCAGAAGACCAGUAUCACUAUGGAGAAGGCCAGGUUCCUGGAGAAACAUCCCUGUGUUACACCAGGUGAACUGGAGGAUCUCAUCAAGCAUUCUGUAGAGGCAGUGAGUGCAGGAGUGAGUCCUAGAGGAGACACAUCCUAUAAUUCCAGUCACUGGGACCUGGGCAGUGCCUUCUUCUUCGCUGGAACUGUCAUCACAACCAUCGGUUAUGGAAACAUAGCUCCGAGCACGGAAGGCGGAAAAAUCUUUUGCAUCCUUUAUGCCAUAUUUGGCAUCCCUCUCUUUGGCUUCUUGUUGGCUGGGAUUGGAGACCAGCUGGGGACCAUCUUUGUGAAAAGCAUCUUGAGAGUUGAGAAGAUAUUCAGGCAAAAACACAGACAGAUCAGCCGGACUAAGAUCAGAGUAACGUCCACCAUCCUGUUCAUCCUGGCAGGCUGCAUUGUAUUUGUAACCAUCCCUGCUGUGAUCUUCCAACACAUUGAGAAGUGGACCACGCUGGACUCCAUCUACUUUGUUGUGAUCACUCUCACCACAGUGGGAAUAGGAGACUAUGUGGCAGGUGGAAACCGAGGGUUGGAGUAUAUGAAGUGGUACAAGCCUCUCGUGUGGUUCUGGAUCUUGGUGGGCUUGGCCUACUUUGCUGCGGUCCUGAGCAUGAUUGGAGACUGGCUUCGAGUACUGUCUAAAAAGACCAAAGAGGAGGUUGGGGAGAUUAAAGCUCAUGCGGCUGAAUGGAAGGCAAACGUUCGAGCAGAGUUUCGCGAAACACGGCGUCGCCUCAGCGUUGAGAUUCAUGACAAGCUCCAACGAGCCGCCACCAUCCGCAGCAUGGAGCGCCGUCAGCUCGGCCUGGAACAGCGAGCUCACUCCCUGGACAUGCUGUCUCCAGAGAAGCGGGCGUUGUUCGCCAGCCUGGAUGCAGGCCGCUUCAAGACUUCCUCCCAGGAGAGCAUCGAUACCAAGCUCAACAACCUGAGACUGAAGGGGGCCUGUGAGCAGUACGACCAUCAGGGGAGUGAGCAAACACCGCAGACGGCGUCUUCCUCUGAGGAGAAUCUCUUCAACCUGCGCUUCGGAUCCCUCACCAAGCUGGCAAGACGUAACAAGAACCGUGAGCUGCGGAGGAACAUCCCAGACGACGCGCGAAGGGCGAGUGUUUGCAUAAACAAUGGCAGUGCCAUGCUGGGUGAGGAGAGGAUGGAAGAAGAAGACAGCGGGGAGCCAGAUGAGGAAAGUGGGGAAAGAAAAGAGGGAAAUACCAGUCUGACGAACCUGUCGCAGUAUGCAAAUGAGCGCUCCAAACUGAAUGGGUUUAUUUCAAUACAGGCCAAAGACGGAGAGAGUGACUAGGUACUGAAUGGAAGAGCACUCAGAGACAGAAAGAAAAAAACAGACUGAAAGAUACAGUGACAAGCGACGCAAUACCAGAGUGCAUGAUCCUUUGAGAUGUUAAAGAAAUGUGCCUUUCUGUUUCCUAUGCGCAGAUUGGAACUGCGCCCAGGAAAUUCAGUUAUCGUGCCAUAGCCAUGGGAAGAAAAUGUGCUGCCAAAAAUGAAUGAGCUAAAGAGACAGAAGAGGCUGUAGUGAAAAUACCUCAUAUCAGCUGCAACUUUUUAAUUGACCGACUUCAUACAGCAGCCAUUUUUCCUCUUAGAUCAUGCUCUGUGUGGGAAGCUAAAAUGCUGUUAUAAUGUCCGCUGUGUUCCAAGUUUUGAGUCAUAUAGAUUUUAGGGUAUCUGCCAAAUGAUUUACUUUUCACCACUUCCAGAUUGAUCACCUACAAAGACGAGAAACGAUGAAAAAACAAAAGAAAGCUACACUCAAUGAACAACUAUUGUUAGCAUUCAGCAACUUACUGCAGUAGCUGAUAUUGCCGUUAGCGGUGGCUGAAAUGUGCUGUAGAGUUUUGGUACAAAAUACAACAGAUACUGUAAGGCCUACAUUCCUAGCUUACACAAGGCUUUUAGCUCGGAAGUAGAAUUUAGGUUGCUUACAAAUCAUAAACCCUGGCAUACACUGGUAGAAUAUCAGCUCACACUGUACGACUGAGUUGUUUACGACGCCCGACCAGACCUCAGGAUUUAUGUGCUCACACUGUAAGACCUGAUUGUCAGGCACGACCUGAGAGCUCACACUGUACCAAUUAAAUCAGGACACAGCAUUCACAAUUUUCAAUAGAAAACUCCCAUUAGACCGAGUUGAUUUUUGGUGUCUCAUACUCAUGGAAAUAGCCUUCACACACACACACACACACACACACACACACACACACACACUCUCUCUCUCAUACAUACGAUCUGCCUCAUCAAUAAUCACAGGCUUUAAGAAGAUAAAUCAAAACAAGGAUGCCCUGUCAGCUGGAGGUCUCCAGACAUUUUCUGCCAGAGUUUCUUUCAUGAUCAGAGGGGAGCAACAGAUUCAACAGGCAUGUCUACUGUUGCCAUGGUGAUUUCAGAAGUUGUCUGUGAGCUAGUGCAGGUAAAAUCAGGGGGAGGGGACAUAAUCCUAGAGUCAGGGAAUCAGCUCGUUGCUGUGCUCACACUGUGCGGUUGAAUGCAGUCAUACUUGAUCAAAUAAGCAGCAGUAAGAAAAGCUAAAGUUAUCAUUCAGCAACCUCCCAGCUUAUAUUACCAUUAGCUAGGUGGUUGAAAUGUAUUGUAGAGUUUGGUUUCAAAUUACUACAGUUAAGGGCUUGGUACUUUCCGAGCUUACACAAUUGAUUUUCUCCCUUCUGACAAGCGAGGUAUGAGGUAUGUAAAGAGUGAUCCAAUCCACUCGUAUAUACAGCUGAUCCUACAGAUUGUCAAGUUGAAAGAAAACGAAAAAUAACCAAUUGGGAAGCAGAUCAACCACAGCAAAUCAAUGUUUACACACAUCCACACUGUAACAUGUAAAGCCAAAUGUUCAGUCUGUCUCUAUGACUUCAUCCAUGCAUUCUUUCUUUGUUAAUUUUCAGAAAAAAUGUAAUCCAAAAACUAUGACCACCUAGUCUUCCUGCCUGUCAACCGCCAUGCUGUUUACCCUAGAUCUCCAUGUAUAUGACCUUCAACCUUAAGCAGAGCAGCACAACUAUAUAACAGCAUUUAAGCUUCCCAGCCUCAGCCAGAUGUCAAAAAGACGACGGUCACCGUUCGAAUGUGGUGAAUAGGCUCCUUAAGAACUUUGAUUUCUACUGAAGCUGUCUUUCCAGCUUCAUUGUCUUUUAGCCCUGAGGACUCCCCUGAGAUACACGACCAACGGCUGCCUGUUAACGUUGAAGCUUGUUUUUUUUUAACGAUGUGGGCAGGACAUCCAGAAAGCCAUGUCAUCCAUCUUCAGAAACAUCAUUGAUCUCCGCUUUGUCAUCUCGUACUUUGGUGGCUAUUUUUAGCUCAGUGGGCUGGUUCAAAAGGACUUUCUAAUGAAUCGAGGAUCGAAGGUUGAGUUUAUACCGGAUCAAUAGCAGUACAAGCAUUAAAAGACAUGUACAAUUAACCCUAUAUGGCGUAUGACUUUGAAAAUAUAGCCUUAGGGUAUAUAUACUACACACUACAGUUAGAGCUUGUGAAAACAGACUAUUCACCUGGAUUGUGCAUGGUUAUAAAACACAACCAAAGCAUUUCAUUGACAUACAACGUACUUUAAAGCUUGAUUUGAAGCUUUUUUUUUGUUGUUUUGUUUAUAAAAAAUAUAUAUAUAUAUAUUUCUGAAAUGAUCGCCACCGUUUUCUUAUUUUUCUUUUUGAAGAACAGUGACAUGGAAUACACCUGACAGACACACGUUUAAUCACCUUUGGCCAUUCGAUUGUCAGCGAAAUUAAAACACUUUUUAUACAAAACUUUAUCACAAAUGUAAUGACACAUCUUAAAUAUUUUUUUGAAUUAAUGAAUGUGAUGCUGUUGAUUUUGUACUCACCAAGCAUGUUUGCAUCUAUGUUUACUCCUUUUUUUUUUAUAAAAGCCAAGCACUUGAGUUGAACUUCCAACUGAACUGUAAAAUAUGAAUAUUAAGUGAUAUUAUGUCAUGUUUACUUUUGUAUAACUUCUUUUUUUAAACAUUUUCUAUCAUGAAUCAUCUUUCACACUGAAAUAGGCUUUUGUUCCUACAGUUGUACUCACCGACAUUUCUGUUUUCAAUACAGUGACAAUUUACGGUCAUUUACCGUUUUCACAUCUGUACUGUACUCCUGAAAUUUACUAGAAACUUUCAAGCGGACUGCCCCUGAAAUCUUCCUGAGUUAGUUGUUCACACAUGCACCUCUCAACGGGAGACUAUCCCUGUUGAACAGGAGGGGGGGAGGGUCUGAGGAUGCAAAAUACAAGUUAAAAGAAUUACGUUGAAGUGGCAAAAAGUAACAGCCUGACGCUACAAUGACAAUUUUCCCCUUUAUAUCAAUGCUAUGUGCAGUUUGACACAUUUACAAUGUCAAAAAAUUAGCAGAGAAGAACCAAUUGGCAACCAGAAAACGUAAUAAAUUUUAUUACAUGUAUGGAGAUUACACUAGUUGUAUGCAUACAGUUUAUGGGCAUGCACAGGACGUAGGAAAAUUCUGGGUAAAGUCAGAUCAAAAAAUUUGUCCGUUUGUGUUCAAACAUGAAGCUCACCCUGAAAUCUUCAGGACGUGUUCAGGAGUUUUGUGCAAGUGUGAAAGCAUCAAUGGCGUUAUACUACCUACUGUAACAACUACUUUUACAGAAUAAUUUACUGUAUCCCAAGCGUGCUUUGCAUGCAUUUCUAAAGCAGAUCCACACACAAACAUUUGUUGUACCUGACAUAAAGAGUAUGAACCAUUACCAUGACCUUGACCAUGACCUGUGACGAUGUGUUGUGUACAAUUUAUUUUAUGAACCGAUCACAUUAAAUGUAGUGAGUGCCUUUUUAUCAGAUAAUAAACAUGA